AUGGAAGCAGGAGCUGUUGUGGAGUUGUCGGACGCGACGUUCCUGCAGAUGCUUCAGGAGGGAGGAACAUGGAUCGUGAUGUUCUACGCGCCGUGGUGUUCGCACUGCAUGCAAGCCAAACCCGCAUACGAGCAGGCGGCACUUGAGUACGCACAGACUGCAGCGAUGGCCGACUACCAUCGUGCUCAGCAGGGCCUGCCACCAGGCGGCUACCAGGAGGUUCAGUUUGCUAUGUUGGAUGGAGAUCAUUACAGCAACAUCGUGAAACAUGAGGGAAUCCGAGGAUUCCCGACCAUCCGCCUGUACAGUGGAGGAAGGAUGGUGAAGGACUACAAGGGUGAUCGUACAGUUGAAGACUUCCUCUCCUUUGCUGCUGGCCUCCCUCAGGGUGCUCAUCACGAGGCCGAGGGUAUGGAUGCUCAGUGCAAGAUGGCGUACGGGGCAGGAGCAGAAUUCGAUGGAGAGAUGUGCGACUGCCGCCCUGGUUUCAGGAACGUCAACGGACGUUGCGUGCCGGUUGAAAAACCAAAGAGAAAGGCGCGAGCUCCUACCAAGCAUCGCUCAUACGACGAGGCAGCCGUCUACAGUGGUGCUCGCGGUGUCGACGCCAUGAACUCAGCCUGGCGCAAGCAGGCGACCAAGGCGGUUCAGAACGACGAGGUGAACUACAACCGCCUCUGCCAGCAGGAGUUUGGCAUCGGCGCUGAGUUUGAUGGAGAGAUGUGCACGUGCAGGGCUGGCUAUGUGAACAGGAACGGACGUUGCGCUCGCGUGAGCUACUGAAGAAUGAGAGAGGAGGAGAAAUCCAGACGAGCAGAUGUUGAAAGAGUAGACGAUGGAGGGGCUGAUGGGUUGGGUUUGAGUUUUAGGAGUUCUAUGUGAUUAUUCAAUCUUCCGCUGAAAUGGAUCGUUGAGAAUGAAUGAUGAAUUGCUGAG